CAUCCUGCUGGGUGUCGUCCAAGGCGUGGGCUUGUACUAUGCCCUAAUGGAAUUCCCCGACUUUGCGUUGGUAGUCGCGUUCGCGAUCGCGGGCCGUCUGGCUUUUGAAGUCAUGGUGAUCCAGGACCUUGGCAAGUGUGCGACGACGUUACUCGGCGUUGCAUUAGGCGUGCUGGUCACGGACGUACUGUCCCAGCUGAUAGAAGAUGGGUACCUCUUUAACUUCGGGGACGAUGGGGACAGCGAGUACGAGGAAUCUCGUACCGUCAUCAGACGCAAACGUUUGGUUAAAUUCCAUCCGUCCACCGAAUAUCCCUCUGCUCCUCCAAGCAAACCUUUACGCCCGCGCAGACGAGAACCCGAACGAAAGUGGCGCACGGCAUCAUCCAUUACAUCCAUCACCUCCUCCACAUCUGAUACAGUUGAUCCUGAUCGUGUCAUGGAUCCUUUGGAACGCGAAGUUGCUACGUUGCGUGCACGAGCGUCCCUGGCGGACAGCGAGCGCCGGCGCUUUAAGGAAGAGAAGAAGUGGGCAUUAUCACAGGGAAACACCGCUCGAGCGGCGCAGAUGAGUUGGCAGGUAAAGAGGUACACUGCCUUGACGAAGAGUUUCACCAGGGAGGCAGAUGCAAGACUGCUAGAAGUCAAUGCAAUCAAGGUGGCUCGCCAACAACAGAAUGAAAUUCCUCCGUCAGUUAUUCAGAAUGUUGAGGGACGUCGGUUUGAGCGACACACCAAUCAUCUGAGGCAGUCUGCCCAGGAAGUUAUCGUUGAGCGCGACUCUACGGGUACAGUUAAUGUGAGGCGACCUCGGCAUCCUAGCCAAAGUUCUUCCGGAAACCUGAAAUCUGCUAUGCGUGUACAACCAAGAUAAUGUCGCCCGACAGGUAAGUCCUGUACCAGUCUUUAAUUUGGACUGUCUAGGAAUCUUAAGUGGCAUAACAGAAUGCGCCUGUACAUUUCCCUGUUUAAGUACUAAAGUAUCUCACGAAGCUAGGACAGCUGCUCUGGCCUGAGUACAAUGAUAUUAUCCGACGAAGAAAGCAAACAAAGGGUGUGAUCCGUGUUGAUGUUGAAAUUAACGAACUACGGGUACAGGG